GAGGCCUAGAGCGAGACUCAGACCUGGACGGUGGCCCGUGGAGGACAACAGGUUUGCGGAGCGGAGGCAAGGUUUUGCAGCGAGGGGGAAGCCGCUGGUGUACCAAGGAGUCGGAGAGGGACCGUGUUGUGGGGACAUGGCCGCAGCCUCUGCGGUGUCGGUGCUGCUAGUGGCGGCGGAGAGGAACCGGUGGCUGCGAGUCCCGAGCCUGCUGCUGCCGCCUAGAAUGGAAGAAGAAAACUUCAGUUCAGCGGUGGCCUUGAAACUUAAUCAGAGUUUUAAGCUGGAUUUACCAAGAAGCAGCCAUUUUAUAGAUCCGUCUGUGCAGGACAGACAACAGUUUGUCCAGAGAAAUAAUAGCAAGAAAGUGUUCAGUGAUAAUAGCUUAAUGAUAAAUGAAAAGAGGAGGAAAACUCAAGCAGGCAGAUCCAAAAGGAAGAAAUCAGCUCCUGUUAUUUUGUCAAGAGAAUGUGAUGGACAGUCACUUCAUGUAUGUAAUUUUUUUUUCUGGAAUGUUUAUUCUACAAAAGGAAACUUUCUCAUUGGGUUUUUAAAUAGGCAUGUAGAAGUCCAGGUGUUUGGUGACUACCACGGCAAUGCUGUGUACUUGUUUGAAAGAGACUGUAGUGUACAGAGGAGACAUCAGAAGAUCAUUGAGGAAGCCCCAGGGCCUGGUAUUAAACCUGAAAUAAGAAAAAAGCUUGGAGAAGCUGCAGUCAGAGCUGCUAAAGCUGUAAAUUAUGUUGGAGCAGGAACCGUGGAGUUUAUUAUGGACUCAAAGCACAAUUUCUACUUCAUGGAAAUGAAUACAAGGCUGCAAGUGGAACAUCCUGUUACUGAGAUGAUCACAGGAACUGACUUGGUGGAGUGGCAGCUUAGGAUUGCAGCAGGAGAGAAGAUUCCUUUGAGCCAGGAAGAAAUAACUCUGCAGGGCCAUUCCUUUGAAGCUAGAAUAUAUGCAGAAGAUCCUGACAAUAACUUCAUGCCCGGGGCUGGGCCAUUAGUGCAUCUCUCCACCCCUCAGGCAGACCUUUGCACUAGGAUCGAAACUGGAGUGAGACAAGGUAAAAUGAAUUCAAUGAAAAGUCUCGGUCUUGUGGAAUUUUCGGUGCAUUACUAUUUCUGGACAGCAUCUUUUCCCUGUGUCUUAUGGAAAUGUUUAGUAUGUUUUAGAAUAAAGGACUUAGGGAAUGAAUGUCUUCUAAUUUUUCUUCAACUUUCCCCCCUUUUCCAUAAAGAUGUAGACAUAGCUGUAACAUAUAACCGUGAUGGGUCGUAUAGCAUGCGGAUUGAAGAUAAAACUUUCCAAGUCCGUGGUGAUCUUUGUACUGAGGGAGACUGCACUUACCUGAAAUGUUCUGUUAAUGGAGUUGUUAGUAAAACUAAGCUAAUUAUCCUGGAAAACACUAUUUACUUAUUUUCCAUGGAAGGAAGUACUCAGAUUGGCAUUCCAGUCCCCAAAUACUUGUCUUCAAUGAGCUCAGAUGGAACUCAGGAAGGUACCAUAGCUCCUAUGACGGGUACCAUUGAAAAGAUAUUUGUGAAAGUUGGAGACAGAGUAAAAGCUGGAGAUUCUCUAAUGGUUAUGCUUGCCAUGAAAAUGGAGCACACCAUAAAGGCUCCAAAGGAUGGCACGAUCAAGAAAGUGUUCUACAAAGAAGGUUCUCAGGCCAACAGACACGAACCUUUAAUCGAGUUUGAGGAAGAGGAAUCUGACAAAAGAAAAGCAGAGUAAACUCCAUCAAAGAAAUGCUCCAUUAAGCAGUAUCUUCAAUAUAGCAUCUCUACAAAAAGAGAAAGUGCCUUCCUGCUUUUCUCGGAGUCCAAUAAACAGCAGUUUCACUAAGUGAUUGUAUGAUUAGGCUAAAACACAUUUUUAUCUUUGAGAAUCAUGUACUUGGGUCACCAACACAAUAAAUUAUCUCAAAAUAUUUCAUACUAA